AUGGCUCACGAGACGGAGAAGGCGGGAGGAGGUUGUGUCCUCGAGAAUCAAUGGCGCACGGGCGUGUGUGCACGUAUUUGUGAUAUUAGCAAACCGUUCUUAAAUUGCGAGAAUUUGACAAGAAAUGACGAAGAAGCUCGAAAAUCAUUUAUUGAACGAUUCUAUUUCCUUCGCCAGUUUGUUUCUGCUAUUGCCAUCUUGGCUGCAACGGCUGUCCAAUCUGCCCCAGUCAAACCGGCUCAGUAUGCUUUCGUAACGAAGCACCAUCACGUUCCGGAGCAGCAUCACGUACUCGAGCAUGUUCAUCAUGUGCCAGAACCAAAGCUAGCCGUACACUACCCGGUCGAGCUGCUUCAGGAUCAACAUCAUUACCAGGAGCCCCAGCUCGUUCUAAGCAACGAUAAGUACAUCGGUGAAGCUCACGAGUACCAUCAUCAUGAGGCUCCUGCUACCAGCUACAGCGAGGGCAACGACUACAGCUCCCUGUACGGUGGCAAGCACGGUUCUCACCUGUACGACAACUACCAGUAUGGACAGUACGAAGCUGGAUACGCCAAGAAGUAUGACGAGUACAACGCAUACCCCAAGUACAGCUUUGAGUACGGAGUAGAUGAUCCUCACACCGGCGAUCACAAGAAGCAGUGGGAAUUCCGUGAUGGUGAUGUUGUGAAGGGUGGAUACAUGCUGAAGGAAGCCGAUGGAACGACCCGUGUCGUCGAAUACACCUCGGAUGAUCACAACGGUUUCAACGCAGUCGUCAAGAAGUUCGGCCAUGCCCACCAUCCGGAACCAGUCAAGCAGCACAACGCCUACGGCUACAUCGGUAACUAUGCUGGUGCGUACGCGACUGGCGAUUACUAUGGCAAGGGUGCCACCAGCUACGCCAAGGUUUGGAAGCAGCACUAA